CAGCUGUUUGGACGUUCCAAUUUGUGCCGUGAGCCCCGCCGCAGCGGCUGCACAGACUCAAAGCCCCGCGGGUGAGUGCAGCAGCUCCGAGCACCCCACCGCUAUCCCCGCGCCUCCCCAUCCAGUCCCCGCGAUGCGGCCGGGUCUGUGAACAGCCUGCUACCCUGGGACGCCCCGCUGUACAACUACCUCAGCAUCACCCCGCCUACCGCGUCGCUCCGGGUCCCAGGUUUUGCACUGCCAUAGGGCGCCUCCUUGAGGCCGCUUCACUGCCCUACAAUGUUCCAGCGCCUCACCAGCCUCUUCUUCAGUACUCCCUCCCCCCCAGAAGACUCCGACUGUCCCCACGCCUUUGUCUCGCAGGAAGAUGAAGUGGAUGGCUGGCUUAUCAUUGACCUGCCGGACAGCUACGAGUCUUCCCCCAGCCCUGGGGCCGCCUCUGCCCCCGCGGGUCGCCCUCCGCCCGCGCCCUCCUUGAUGGACGAGAGCUGGUUUGUUACCCCUCCCGCCUGUUUUACUGCAGAGGGGCCCGGCCUCGGACCCACCCGCCUCCAGAGCAGCCCCCUGGAGGACCUCCUCAUCGAGCACCCCAGUAUGUCCGUUUACGUCACCGGCAGCACCAUAGUGCUGGAGCCUGGGCCCCCUUCCCCGCACCCAGACGCUGCCCUGCCGGAUGGCGACCUCGGAGAAGGGGAGUUGGCAACCGCCCGCCUCGAGCCCCGGGUCCUGCACCACGCCGCGGCUCCUCUGCCCGCGCGGGCGGUGCUGCUGGAGAAGGCUGGCCAGGUACGACGACUGCAGCGGGCCCGGCAGCGGGCUGAGCGCCAUGCGCUGAGCGCCAAGGCGGUGCAACGGCAGAACCGCGCCCGUGAGAGCCGUCCGCGCCGGCCUAAGCACCAGGGUAGCUUCAUCUACCAGCCUUGCCAGCGCCAGUUCAACUACUGAGUGUCCGCCAGCUGCGCCACUAAUCCCUCGCGGUUCCCGGAUCCCCGUCAGUCCCCUCCGUGGCAGCCUGUAUGUUGCUGGAGGGGCGGAGGGCGCCGCUUCAGGCUGCACCACAACUCCCUUCCUCUUUAGAGUAUGUGAGGUGGGGUGAUGGCCCUUCCUUCCCCAUCUCUGAUCCUCUAAUCCACUUCUGAAUCCUUUUAGCCCCUUUCACCCUCCCCAGCAUCUUAUCCUCCAUCCUCCCCACUCUGGACCUUUCAUGCUUCGGAAUUCUCUGGCCCUCCAUCCCUGUCCCUCCCUUUCACUUUUGCCCUCUUGGCCCACCCCCUAUUUCUGAGAGACUCUUCCACCCUGAUCUGGCUCAUUCCCCAUCUUCAACUUGCACCUUACACUACUCACCCUUUCAUGUUUGGCAUUACACUUACUCCUGGCUCCCUUAUUAUUCAUUCCCUCACAAUAUGGAUAAAGGGAGGGAACUCUGAGCCCAACUCUGACCAGGUACAACUGGUGGGGCCUGGGCCACUAUUCUUUCCCUCCAGUAAGGGGUCAGGCUCAGGGUUUUGCUUUUAGUUUCUCCCUUCUCUCUGCCUGGGGAAGGAGGGAGUGGAGGGCUGGGCUCCUUGAAGCUGUUUAGACCUGGAAAGGUAAUGUAUGUGAAAGAGGACAGUGAGGUGUGAGUUAGAGGGAGGAGGUGGAGGGAAUCAAGGGAAAGAAACAGCCUAUUGGAGAAGUACAGAGGACAGACAAGUUGAGAAGUUAUAGGGAGCAGGGUACCAUGGGAGCUGGCACUGUGCUUGCUCAGAGAGGCCAUGCCCUGCUCUCUUGCUGUAGCUUGGAGUCUGCCCCCACUUUCUCUUUCCUAUAAUCUCACUUCCAAAUCUUUUUCUGAAAUCUACCCUCUGCAGGCCCCUGAGUCUGAGGGGCUUAGUACCUUGCCACCCUACCUUGAUAUGCUCCCCCAGGAGUAGAAGCUGGGCAAGGCCUGCCAUCCUGGUCAACUAUUCACAUGCCCAAGGUGCUAGAACUAGCUUAGGAGAGACACAGGCCAGAGGGGUUCUAGGCAGGGAAAGGGCACACACACCCCAAAGUAAGAAUGCUAAAGAGGACAAGCCUUGGGGUGAAGCCAGCUCAGCCUUUCAUCUUGCCUCUGGCCUUGUAUUUCACACCCUGCUCACUAUGGCUAAUAAACACUCCUGGGUUGGAGGUCAGCAGCCCACUGUCCAAUUCCCCAAAAUUCCCUAUCCAGGUUCAGGGCCUUCAGGGGCCUCUUUCUUUCCCACAGGGCUCUUCCUUUCUAGGCUGCUGGGGAGAAAUGGGUGCCCUACGGUCCCCCUCCCCUUCUUCUCCAGUACUACCUGGAGGAAAGAACCUGAAUCCCUGAGUGAGACACAGGGGACAGGGGCAGCCAGCUUUCCCUUUCUUGUGGUGGGAUUGAAUUUUGGGCUCAGACACCAGCAACAGCCUCUUGGGAUGCCCUGAGUUGCUUCCCAUUCUCUUUCUAGCUGUCUUUUUCUAGUGUGUGCUCUUUUUUCCUUGAAACUUUUAAGAUUUCCUGUUACAUACUAACAUAGGUCUUCCCCUUCACCCCAAUUUCAGGUUUCCAGGCCUCACAGCCAAGCUGGGGUUGGAGAAAACUCUGCAUUCCCAUGAGGGCAAAGGCAGCUGCUCUCCCUGACCCUACAGCCCCAGACCUCCCAUGGCACAUGUAGAGUUGGAAGGGAGUAUCCCCGUGGAUGCUGGGAUGGGGAUAGAGGAAGCCCUGUUGGGGUCUCCUAUCCCAAGGUAUAACAGACACUACAAGCAGAUCAAAGUCCCUAUGCCAGCCCACUAGGGCUCUCACAUUUGACAACCUUGCUCCUUUCCCAAAGUUCUUCAGUUACAACCUAUCGACUUUUAUUCUUCCAGUUUAUCCCUUGGUCACUUCACAGCCAGCUUAGGGUCUUCAGCACUUCAAGAGCUGAAUCCCUCCAACCUUCUUGCCUACAUGACACCAGCUGGGGCCAAGGCUCAGUUCUGGGCAGCGCCCAUGAUCUUGCUGGUGGGGGAAGAGUUUGAGUGAUAGAACAUUAGGCCUAAAUUUCAAAAGGCCCUGCCCUUUACCUAUAUUUAUGGAGGCUCCUGUAGUUCUAGAACCAUCCAAUCUAUCACCUAGCUGGUUGCAAGGCUCAUUAUAAAUUUUUGUUUGUACUUUCCUAUAGAUUCUGUAGCAUUUGAGUGUGGCAAUAUUUUAAUCAUGUAUAGAUUUCUAAGAACCAACACUACUCAGUCUCCUACUAGUCUGACUCCUGAAGCAUCAGACCUUGUCAUACUGUAUUGACUGUGUAUGUGCCUUUCACCUUGAGCAUGCUUCAGGAUUUUUUUUCUUAAACUACAGAACUUGAACACAUGAGGGAACCAGAAUUCACAAAGUCCUAUGCAACCUUAGAUAGGAGAGUGGGUAGAGAGUCUGUCUUGACUGAUGUUUUCAUUGAUCCUGGAGAAGUUUGUACCAGUUUGUAAGUAUUAAUGUUGAUAUUACCAGCACUUUGCCAAAACUAAGGAUGUCAGAGGGACCCAUUUCUAGAGUGAGUCCCAAUUACAUCAAAGGGUGACUUCCAGUUUUUCCCGAUAAGUCUUGAGUGGUUCCCUUGAGCUGGGUGUCAAUUUUUAACCUUUGUCAGUCUAGCCCCAGCAGGGCACCAUGUGUGUAUGAGUGCAGUUUGGUGCUGUUUUGGAGUAUGCCUGCCCCUCAGCCCCUUGAGUGGAACCCUGUGAUGAAUCUGCUGUGACCCAUAAUGUCUUAGGUGUAACAAGCACCCCACAAAGUUCUUGGAUGCCUCUCCAGAUCCAUGCAGCUUUGUGUGAAGAGAGUGAAUGCAGACACACCAUAACCCACUUUUAAUAUCUUCCCUUUUACCCUGCCACCUAAUCCCAGAUGGAACCAACAUAUUAAGUACAUCCCUGUUGGGUGUUUUGUGUUGAGACUGGCUGAAACAAGGAGACUUUGGUUGACUGUGUUGUGAUGUGUCGACAGACUCAAGGACACAACCACCUCGACCUGGUCAUGUGGCAUGCCUGUGUAUGUGUGUAACAGGAUUCUGUUAGACUGUAAUGCUAUUCCUCUAAGGGAGAAAAAAAAUAAUAUAAAGAAAAACAAAUAAAAAAAUUUAUUUAAAGCA